AUGUUAAGUCUACUAUUAGGACCGUUGGAUAAAAUGAAUACUGCAUCUGAUCCUGCGGCAAAAAGUUAUGAACAAUUGGAUUUCUCAGAACAUAACGUGGACAAUCGCGCAGUUAUUCCGCAAUCGCCACUGCCGCAAGAAGCUGAGAACAUCCAUCAAGAUAUGGCUGAGGUAUGUGAGGACGUGUUCGGUCCACCACAUAUUCCACCCUACGUUACCUCCGACAAAACUGGCCUAAAGUCACUGCAUGCAGUUGAAAAAUUUAGAGACAUCAAAUCUAUCCCAUUAAAGCCUGCAGAUAGCGAAGAACCUUUGGCAAUGAAAGUACCUUCCAGUUUUGAAAAUUCACCCGAAAUCGGCUUUGGAGACUUGCCUUUGGUUUCAGCACCUAAUGUCCCGACUCCUGUGCCUUCGCCAUAG